AUGGAAGAGAAAUUUCUUAAAGGUGGAUCAAAUAUAGCUUUAUCAAAAAAUGAACGAACGUAUUUUUUUAGGAUGUUUGACGCAAAAUUGGAUGCAACAAAAAUAAAAGAGAGAUACGCAUGGCAAGCAUAUAAAAAAUUAGAUGACAAGGAACAGGAUAAAAAGGAUUACGUUUUAGUAACAGAAUACAUUAAAAAUACGGGUGAAAAAUUCGUAGACGCACUAUCAAGUCAUCUUUCAACGACACCUCGAAGUAAAGAAGAACAUGAAGAACUUGAUGAUUUGAAUAAUAAAUUUAGCGAACGCCUGGAUAAAUUAGAGAAAAAGAAAGAAGAUACAAUGACAGAAGGACCUACGAGUGCAGAGAAAGAAGACAAAAUUAACGAUAACAAAAAACGUGUAGUGGCAACACAAGGACGAAGAGAUGAUUCCGACAGCGAAUAA